UUUAUAAAUUUGAAGCAGUAAGUAACUCACGAGUGGUCUAGUAUAAUUUAAAAUAGAAGAUAAAUGUGAAAUUCUGUUAUUUUGUAGUUUGCUGAAAUAAUGCCAAUUGUCAUGUAGACUUCUCAACAGUCUCGCACAUCGAACCAACUCAUUUUCAUAUGAAAUGGCAUAAAAAGAAACUUACCUGGCAAUCAGUUUUGAAUCCAUUCACAAAACAGGUUUGGUUGGCCUUGAUCUUUACCAUUACAGUCUUUGGAUUAAUAUUCCGUAAAUUCGUGAAAGACAAUAAAGAGGAACCUUGGACUUUAAGGAGAACGUACUGGUAUCUGAUGACAACGUUAAUGUAUCAAGGAGUCGACAGCAACAACGUCAAUCGUUCAUCUUCUAGAAUAGCAUUUGACAUCUGGUGGCUUGUGAUAGCCAUUUUGGUUUGGAGACACGCCGAAAUAUUGACGUUAUUUAUGGCCGUACAGAUUGACGAACCGGUACCGAAAACAUUCGACGAGUUAGCAGAAACUAUUAAAAGAGAAGAGUAUACCUGUAAAGUGCUUCCAGGUGGAUACUUCAGUCGUUAUUUUAGUCAUAAAUUGGUGGGAAAUCGGGCCGCCAAGGUGAUGUUCGGCAAUCUCUUUCAAGAAAAUAACAGAAUGAAGAGUGCCAAAAGAGUGCCUCCACCCAGAUCUGUUUACGGAUUAAGUGGAAUCGAAAAUCAGGGUGCAACUUGUUAUUUGAAUACCUUGUUACAGACUCUUUUAUUAACUCCGGAAUUCAGGG